AGUCUCGCACGGUGUCUUGUUACGAGAGGGGUUUGGGAAUUCCCCAGGAAAACACCUACGCAUCCAUAAGGCCUUUUCUGGACAAACUGGCCAACAGCAAGCCGCUCACAAGGUGAGCAAUUUGUAGUUUUAUAAUGCUCCGGAAAUGGAGGGAAUCAGCGCUUGCCGCUGAUGUUUGGGAAUUUGUCCAGAAAGAGAUCAUCUUGUUCCCCUAAAAACAUCAACAACCGUCAGACGGAAUCCAUCUGGCUAGAAGCGAAAACGGCGCUUUAGAUAGUUGUCUGGACAAAAAGAUAGUUGUUUGUCAGGAAAGGCAGUUUCUCUUAUUACAGCUGACAUCAUUUAAACGGCGCAUUCAUUUAUAAAUGGAGUGGACGCAAGAUAAUCACGGUGAAUCCCGGAGACAGAAUGUACGGCCUACGCCGAGCUACGCUGUGGAGAAAAGGGGCGCCGUGGACUCUGUCCCGGAGGACUGGUGUGACAGUGGGCUAGACUCCUUAAGCGGGGUCGGACUCGGUUUUGAGGUUCCCUACAGUACGUACACCGAGGCCGAACAGAUGUGGACACCUGGUCGCUCUGACGUCCCUCCGCCGGACGAGUCCGACAACAGAAGCACCGUGGAUUGUGUGUCGAUUGGCGGCGGAGAGAGACUCGACUCUGCCAUAGGGGACUCGAUUAAUGAGGACGCGGUGGUGGGGUGCAUCUCCGACGGGAUCGGCACCAUGAUGCUGGGCGAGCCUGCAGGUACAGACAGACUGGCGGUUUCAAACACUGAGGAGGGUCGGCAGCGAAGGGAAGAGCUCUUCAACACGCUCAACUUUCUGUCAGAGGACGGUGACACGGUACUCCAUUUGGCGCUAAUUCAUGAGCAGUGGGGUGUUGUUCAGUGCCUGCUUGAAGAAAUUGUGGUGGACAACACCUGGAUUCCUUACCUGAACAUCCAAAAUGACCUGGGUCAGACCGCUUUACAUUUAGCAGUCAUUGUAGACCGGAGUGAGUGUGUUCGGGCACUGCUGUGGAGUGGAGCAAGUGCGGAGAUCCAAGAGCGGGGCGGAAACACACCUUUACACCUGGCUGUCCGAGAGCUUCGCACAGAGUGUGUGAGAGAGCUGACCAGCUGCUCAAGGACCCCACCAGUGCACUUGAACAACACCAAUUAUGCAGGUGUGAGUGCACUGCACCUGGCUGUACAUAGGGGCAAUUGUGAGAUCAUCAAAAUGCUGUUGGAGGCAGGAGCAGAUGUAAAUCAACGGGAUUUGGGGUCAGGUCGGUCUCCAUUGCACUGGGCGAUAGAAAGUCAGAGGUCAGAGGUAGUGGAGUUAUUAUUGAGCGCUGGUGCAUUGGUGAAUCAGUGCUCAUAUGCAGGCCACACCCCAUUCUACUGUGCCCUUUACCGACCCAACAAAGAGGUGCAAGCCCUACUUCGUGCCCAUGGGGCCACAUACACACAGGACGAUGAAGAAGAGGAGGAGUAUCGAGAGAGUGAGGAGGAGGAGUUUGAUGAUGUCAUCAUAAAUGGACAGCGAGUGCUGUAGCAGCAAAACAUGGACACUACUCUGCCAUUAGACCCUUUGAACUCAAGCUGAACGACUGUGGUGUCUGAUUGUAUUUGGUCGAGGCUGUUGUGUGUGUCUGCUUGUGUAUUUUGUUUUAAGGUACAGUAUGCUGGAUUUGGUUCAGGCUGAUGGGAGUGCUUAGCUAGAUUCUGUUAUUCAUGGAGAAUCAGAGUUAUUUAAGCCUGACAUCACGCAAAGCCUUUUAAAGCUAUAACAAUGGAGGCAGCUUUUCAUUUAGUGAAACCUCUCAUUGGCUCAUCUCAUUUAUGUUAUAAAAUAGGGAUAGUUCACUUACGGAUGAAUAUGCUGUCUUACCCUAAUGGUGGUUCGAGGCUGUAUGACUUUUUCUUCUGAGGAAUAAGAAGAAAAUGUCUUAAAAAUUGUGAAAAAAGUGUUUUAUGUGCACACAUUAAAAAUUAGUGGAGCUUAAUGUUGAUUAGGCAGCAUAUCCUAUAUCAUACCUUAAAAUGUCUUCCACAGAAAAAACAAAGUCAUUUAAUUUUUGAAUGACAUAAGGGUGAGAAAAUUAUUUAAAUUUUGGGUGACUUAUCUCUUUAAGAACCAAAUUCCCUAGAAGAUACCAAACAAUGUACAUUGUCAUUUCCACUAGUGAGUAGAUUAAUUAUUUCCACAAUAGUGGCUUUCUUUCUAUGUUAAAAUAAAUUAUUAGCCUAAUUUUGCUGAAGAGAAGUUGAAUGGUUUUUAAUAAAUUUGUUGACAUAC